UCUCUCUCUCUCUCUCUCUCAACACCGUAAACUUAAAAAAAAGAGGAAGCUCUCUUUUUUUUUAUUUUAAAUUUAAAUUUUUGUUAUUUUGACCUUCUUCGUCGCACUCGGCGAGGAGAUCGAUUUUCCCAAACCCUCGCCCGAGAUCUCCUCGAGGGAUUUCGAUCCGAUCCCGCACACCUGAAGGCGAUGCUACGGUUCUAGAGUUUCUCGCGGCGGCGGAGGGCGCCGAUGUCGGGGCCCGAUCUCGAGGUCGACGACGACGACGAUCGCAGGGCCCUCCUGAUAUCCGCACCCUCCUCAUCCUCCUCCGAUCCCGACCCGGAGAGGCGUCCGCCGCCGUUGGCUGCGGCGGCGGAGGCGGCGCCGGAGGUGGUGGUGUCCAUGGCGGGGACGCCGACGUCGGGCGCGAGGAGGAGCGGGAUCGGGGACCUGUUGAGGCAUCUGGAUCGGGGGUUAUCGAAUCGUGCGCUGAGCCGGCGACACCUGGACCGGGGACGCUCGCCGGUGCCGGAGAGGGAGCAGGCGAAGGAGGAGCUCGGCGACGGGGCGCCGCCGGAGUGGGCGCUGCUGCUCAUCGGAUGCCUCCUCGGCCUCGCCACUGGGAUUUGUGUUGCGGCAUUUAAUCGCGGGGUGCAUGUCAUACAUGAAUGGGCGUGGGCUGGCACUCCAAACGAGGGUGCUGCUUGGCUGCGUUUACAGAGACUGGCCAACACCUGGCACAGAAUACUGUUAAUCCCUGUGACAGGCGGUGUCGUCGUCGGCAUGAUGCAUGGAUUACUUGAGAUAUUUGAGCAGAUAAGACAGUCGAGAACUUCUCAGAGGUCAAGUAUUGAUCUGUUGGCAGCAAUUUUCCCGACGAUAAAGGCCAUCCAGGCUGCCGUGACCUUAGGAACAGGUUGUUCAUUAGGUCCCGAGGGUCCAAGUGUAGAUAUUGGCAAAUCGUGUGCCAAUGGGUGUUCUGAGAUGAUGGAGAACAAUAGAGAGAGAAGGAUUGCUCUCGUUGCAGCUGGUGCAGCUGCUGGAAUUGCUUCAGGUUUUAAUGCAGCAGUUGCUGGGUGCUUCUUUGCUAUUGAGACUGUAUUGAGACCUCUUCGAGCAGAAAACUCACCGCCAUUUACAACUGCCAUGAUAAUAUUAGCAUCUGUUAUCUCAUCAACUGUAUCAAAUGUUUUACUGGGAGAGAGGCCAGCAUUUAUUGUGCCGACGUAUGAACUAAAAUCUGCUGCCGAACUACCCUUGUAUCUCAUCUUAGGAAUGCUUUGUGGCGUUGUAAGUGUGGCUUUCACUCGGCUAGUAAUCUGGUUCACGAAGUUCUUUGAGUACAUAAAGGAGAGAUUUGCUCUCCCUGCUGUUAUUUGCCCUGCUUUAGGUGGUUUAGGAGCAGGUUUAAUAGCUCUCAAAUAUCCCGGAAUAUUAUAUUGGGGGUUCACGAAUGUCGAAGAAAUUCUACACACAGGGAAAAGUGCUUCUGCUCCUGGAAUCUGGCUAUUGGCUCAGCUUGCAGGGGCGAAAGUUGUCGCCACUGCACUUUGUAAGGGCUCUGGUCUUGUGGGUGGUCUUUAUGCUCCGAGUUUGAUGAUCGGUGCUGCUGUUGGCGCUGUAUUUGGAGGUUCAGCUGCUGAAGUGAUAAAUUCAGCGAUUCCAGGUAAUGCUGCUGUUGCACAGCCACAAGCCUAUGCACUAGUUGGAAUGGCUGCUACCCUAGCUUCAGUUUGUUCAGUUCCGUUAACAUCUGUUUUGCUUCUCUUUGAGCUAACAAAGGAUUACAGAAUUUUGCUCCCUCUCAUGGGGGCAGUUGGUUUAGCAAUAUGGGUCCCAUCUGUUGCAAACCAACACAAGGACAAUGAGAUAAUGGAGAUAGGGUCCCCUCGGCGUGGUUAUUCUUCACUUUCAUUUACUGAAGACAAGAACGAAGCUGCGUGGAGAAGAGCUGAUGGAGAUGAUCUUGAGCUUUGUAUUUUACAUGACGAUAUUCACCGCCUUGGAACCUGUAAUGAAGAAAUACUUUUGGAUGAUCUAAAGGUGUCUCAAGCCAUGUCAAAGAAUUACAUUAAAGUCCUACCCAAUCUCACUGUGAAGGAAGCCAUAAAACUCAUGCAUGAUAUGCAACAGAGCUGUGUCCUUGUUGUGGAUCACGAUGAUUUUCUUGAAGGAAUAGUUACGCUUGGUGACCUUCAUCGAAGAGGGUUUGAAUUGAGCGGAGAGGGCUCUUGCUCUCCCAAGGCAGAAUCGCGCUCUCCCAAGGGCGACUCGCCCCUUUUGGAUGCAAACUCGUCUCAUAUAUCAUCAUGUCUUACUCGAGGCUUUGAGUACCGGGGACGUGAGCGGGGACUGCUGACCUGUUUUCCUGAUACUGAUUUAACCACGGCAAAAGAGCUUAUGGAGGCCAAAGGAAUCAAGCAGCUUCCGGUAGUCAAGCGUGGGGGACGCAGAAACAACCGCAAGCGCAGGCUGAUCGCUCUUCUUCAUUAUGAUUCAAUUGGACGCUGCCUAAGGGACGAAGUGGAGCGGUGGAAGGCCAUCUACCAAAGGAAAGAAGAUUUUCAGCAAAUAGUAGCAAACGGGCACUGAAGCAUUCCGCAUAAUACGUGACACGUAUGACGCAUCCAAGGGUGCUCUUCACGUAGUUUACUCAAAAAUACAUACUGAUUAUAAGGUGAUCUCAACACAUCGGUUGAUGAUAUAGUUGGGAUUCCCAAAAUAGUCUUCGGUCUAUAUUUUCGUAGAUCUUUUUGGCGGUAGCAUGCCGCAUGGUUUCCCCUGUGCUGUAUAUGUAAAGGGCAGAGAAAUUAAAGAAUCAGGGUGACUAUGUAUAGGGAAGUGUCGGUUAUCAACUCUUUGAUACAACGCCGCGGCUUUUCUCUUCUUUUUUGUGUACCAUUUACAAUUAAAAAAAUCCAAGUUAUGUGGGUUACUAUAUUUUCUUCCUUUCGA